AUGUUUGGACCUUUAGGCAAGCAUCUCCAAGAUUACCUGGCUGAGCGAAGGAGUCGUAGAACCAGGCUAGUGACAAAAGAUGGCCAUUGCAACAUUGAAUAUGGAAACAUCAAGUACAGUAAACACUUUGCUUUCCUGGCCGAUUUCUGGACCACAUUUGUGGAGAUCCGCUGGCGUUUUGUGCUCUUCUUCUUCAUUGCGUCUUUCACCCUGAGCUGGUUCAUUUUUGGCUUGCUGUGGUACUGGAUUGCCCGUAGUAACGGAGAUCUGACGUGGCAGUCGCCUCCAACGAACCACACGCCUUGUGUCGAUAAUGUUGACGGACUCACUACUGCAUUCCUGUACUCUCUUGAAACUCAAACAACCAUUGGGUACGGUGGCCGAGCCCUCACUCCUGUGUGCCCUGGAGCUGUCGCCCUUCUUGUUAUCCAGUCUCUCCUUGGAGCAAUUGUCAACUGUUUCAUGUGCGGAAUUAUAUUAUCCAAAAUUUCCUUGCCUAAAAAGAGAGCUAAGACCAUUUCAUUUAGUGACAUGGCAGUUAUCAGCCCAAAGAAUGGCACACUCUGCUUGUCAAUACGUGUUGCCAACCUUCGCAAGACCCUUAUGAUAGGAAGCCAAAUCUAUGGUAAAAUGCUCAGAACAACCAAUACAGCAGACGGCGAGACAAUCAUCAUGGAUCAAGUUAACAUUGACUUCAUGGUGGACGCUGGAAAGGACAACCUUUUUUUUGUGUGUCCGCUCACACUUUAUCACAUUAUUAACAAAAGCAGCCCAUUCUUUGAAAUGGCUGUAGACACAUUACACAAGCAAGAAUUUGAACUGGUUGUGUUCUUGGACGGUACAGCUGAGUCUACCAGCUCUUCAUGUCAGGUCCGAACCUCAUUUAUUCCUCAGGAGAUCAUGUGGGGCUAUAAUUUCCUGCCCAUCAUCUCACGUAGCAAAGAAGGUAAAUACAGGGUGGAUUUCUCCAACUUUUCCAAGGUGGUGCCUGUGGCCACUGCACACUGUGCCUACUGUUUCCACAACAUCAAGGGUCAUCACCACCAUUUCAAAGAUGGACUUGACAACCAGGGCUUUGAGGUGAUUGAUAUCCAUGAUCCUUCAAAUAUCACCAAGAUGUAA